CAACUCAUCCUCCACCACCUCAUUGUCCAGCAUCUCCCCCAAGAAGGGCCUGUCCGACUGGGCCGUUCCCCAGGCCGCACGCCUCAAGCACCGCCAGCAGUUCAACAGCCUGGACAAACUGAUGUCGGGGUACCUGUCAGGACCUCAGGUUAGGAAUGCACUGACUGCUUCAAACCUCACUCAGACACAGCUCGCCACCAUCUGGAAUCUGGCCGAUGUGGACCAGGAUGGGCAGCUCCAGGCUGAUGAGUUUAUUCUGGCCAUGCACUUAGUGGACCUGGCCAAGACCGGCCAGCCUCUGCCACUCUCACUACCACUUGAACUAGUGCCCCCCUCCUUCAGGUCCCUGAGUAGGAGCAGUGAGAUGGUAAAUGGAACGGGUCCUCCUCUCUGCCCUGGAACAGUUGAUCUCCUUGAGUCAGAGCAGUCACAGAAGACCAAAAAUAACGCGGUGUCGUUCGAGGACAAGCUGAAGGCCAACUUCCAGCGGGGCAGUGCGGAGCUGGAGAAGCGCAGGCUGGCCCUGCAGGAGGAGAGGAGGCGCGAGGAGGCGCGCAGGGAGGAGGUGCGCAAGGAGGAGGAGCGGCAGCGGCAGAUGCGGGAGGCGCGCCACCAGGAGGCGCUGCGGGCGCAGGAGCAGGAGAGGAGGCUGCAGAGGCAGAGGGAGCUGGAGCGCCAGAGAGAGGAGGAGAAGCGCAGGGAGCAGGAGAGGAUGGAGGCGGAGCGUGUGGAGCUGCAGAGGAGGAGGCAGCAGGAGCAGGAGGAGAUCAGCCAUCUGCGAGCUCGCAGGAGGAGCCUGCAGCUGGAACUGGAGGCUGUGGGCAACAAGCACAAGCAGAUCUCCGACUGUCUCCGCGACGCCCGGAGCAAGAGGCAGGUCCAGAAGGCGGAGCUGGACCUUGUCAAUCAGAGGAGAGAUGGGAAGAUUGCCGAGAUCAGCUCCCUGCAGAUUCAGCUGGAGGACUUCCAGAAACAGCUGUCACAGCUGGUCCCAGAACAGCUCAAGCUGAAGGAGAGGCUGAGGACCGUUGGCCUGAAUAACUCCACCUCUUCAACGAUGACCUCGAUGAAGAACAGUGUGUGUGUGAGGCAGCUGGGCUGCAGGAAGCUGAAGGAGCAGCUGGACGCACUGGAGAGAGAGACCACGGCCAAGCUCUCCGAGAUGGACCAGCACAGCAGAGACCUCAAGUUCGUAGAGAUGGAUGACACUGUGCUUCAAGGUCUGCUCUCUUUGCUGGGCUGCCUUACCAAUCUCUUCUACCUAAUGAAGGACUUGCGAGAGAAACGGACCAAGCAGCAGUCCGUUCUGGAUGGACUGAAGCGGAUGAAAGAGGAGAAAGUGAAAGAGCUGCAGAGACAAAGAAAAGAGAAGGAGGAGCAGAAGAAGAAAGAGGAGGAAGAGGCUGCGAGGCGUGCCCAGCUGGAGCUGGAGCUCCAGAGAGCGGAGGAGGAGAGGCAGCGGCAGCUACAGCAGGAGAGGGAGGCUCAGCUCCGGGAGCAGGAGCAACUCGAGGCCCAGGCUCGCCUGCAGCAGGCCCAGGAGCAGGCCCAGGAGGAGGAGCGCAGCAGGAGGAGAGAGAGGGAGGAGCAGGAGAGGAGGCGAGCCGAGGAGGAGCAGGAGAAGAGGAGGAAAGAGGAGGAGGAGGAGGGGGGAGUGGAGGCGGUCGCUCGGCAACCAGACGUGCUGCUGCUAGGGAGUGGAGUGACGGAGGACCUUCAGGCUCAGCUCUCCGCUCUGUUCAGAGGGGUAGAGGACAACACAGAGGUAAAGCCACCUCCAAGGAAGUGCACCUUUCUGACACCAUAUCGGGCGCUGUAUCCAUUUGCUGCUCGCAACGCAGAUGAGCUGACUCUGGAGGCUGGUGGAAUAGUGGAGGUGAAUGAGGGGACUGUCGGAGAGCCCGGCUGGUUCUAUGGCAGCUGCCAGGGCAGGCUGGGCUGGUUCCCACAGAGCUACGUGGAGAAAUGUCCCCCAGUGGACACAACAGACUCCCCCUUAAACGCCAACCACACUGGGGCUACGGAGUCGGUCAGAUCGGGUAGCCAGAGCACAGGGAGUCUGGCCCAAGAGAGUGCCCAGCCUCCAGGCCUUGUCUCUGGGUUAGAGGAGGCCCAGAUCUCUGCCUUCUCCUCCAGCCUGUCCAACCCACCUGGAGCCGCUCACACACAGCCUGAGCAGGUCAAGGCGCUGUGCUCGUGGACGGCCAAGGCCGAGGGCCACCUCAGCUUCGCACAGGGUGACCUCAUCACGGUUCUGCAGCGUCAGGAGAACUGGUGGCUCGGAGAACUCAACGGAACCCAGGGCUGGUUCCCCAAGACGUACGCAGGCAUGGCAGUAGAGGGCGAGGCGACACCAGAACCGCUUUAUUCCGCUGUGGAUGAUUCUGAUACUUCUGAUGUCUGCCAUCUUGAAGAGUUUGUGGCCCUGUACACAUACGAGAGUCCGGAAGUGGGCGACCUGGCGUUCAGCGUGGGGGACACCAUCCUGGUGACAGAGAGGGAGGGCGAGUGGUGGAGGGGCUGCAUCGGAGACCACACAGGGGUCUUCCCCUCCAACUAUGUCAAGCCCCGAGAGUCCAGCGCGUCAAAACCUGGAGCUACCAGCAAGAAGCCAGAGAUUGUGCAGGUGACCACACCCUCCGUUGCCACGACAGCAGAACAGCUGAGUCUGACUGCGGGUCAGCUCAUUCUGGUGCUGGCUAAGAACUCUUCCGGCUGGUGGCUCGGGGAACUGCAGGCUCGGGGCAAGAAGCGCCAGAGGGGCUGGUUUCCCUCGGCCAACAUCAAAGUCCUGGGCACCAACAGUGGGAAGUCCACACCAGCGCCACAGCCAAUUUGUCAGGUCAUCGCCAUGUACGACUACAAGGCUGCCAAUGAGGAUGAGAUGAGCUUCUCCAAGGGUCAGCUGAUCAGCGUACUCAACCAGGACAACGCUGACUGGUGGAAAGGAGAGGUCAAUGGGGCCACGGGGCUCUUUCCGACCAACUAUGUCAAAAUGACCACAGAGUCUGACCCGAGCCAGCAAUGGUGUGCAGACCUGAUGAGUCUGGACACCAUGAGCCCCCAGGAGAGGAAGAGACAGGGCUACAUCCACGAGCUCAUCCAGACCGAGGAACGCUAUCUGGAGGACCUGGAGCUGGUGCUGGAGGUGUUCUAUAAGCCCAUGGCUGAGUCUGGCCGCCUCACUGAGGCAGAGAUGGCUACGAUCUUCAUUAACUGGAGAGAGCUUAUCAUGUGCAACACCAAGCUGCUCAAAGCGUUGCGCGUGCGCAAGAAGAUGGGUGGCGAGCGCAUGCCCGUGCAGCUGGUGGGGGACAUCCUGGCGUCGGAGCUGGCCCACAUGCAGGCCUACAUCCGCUUCUGCAGCUGCCAGCUCAACAGCGCCGCCCUGCUGCAGAGCAAGACCGACAACGCGGCUGACUUCAAGGACUUCCUCAAGAAAAUAGCCACUAACUACCGCUGCCGAGGGAUGCCCCUGUCCAGCUUCCUGUUGAAGCCGAUGCAGAGGAUCACCCGCUACCCACUGAUCAUCAAAAACAUCCUGGAGAACACGCCGGAAGGCCAGGCUGACCACGGUCCCCUGCGUGAGGCCCUGGAGCGGGCGGAGGAGCUGUGUCUGCAGGUCAACGAGGGCGUCCGUGAGAAGGAGAACUCUGACCGCCUGGAGUGGACCCAGAGCCACGUGCAGUGUGACGGCAUCAUCGAGCAUCUGGUCUUCAACUCCUUGACCAACUGCCUAGGCCCGCGCAAGCUCCUCCACAGCGGCCGACUCCACAAGACCAAGAGCAACAAGGAGCUGUGGGCCUUCCUCUUCAACGACUUCCUGCUGCUCACCUACACCUCCAAGCCCUUCUCCUCGUCUUCCUCCUCUGCCGCUGACAAGCUCUUCAGCACCAAGUCCAACGCGCAGUACAAGAUGUACAAGACGCCGGUCUUCCUGAAUGAGGUCCUGGUGAAGAUGCCUUCUGACCCCUCCAGCGACGAGCCAGUCUUUCACAUCUCGCACAUCGACCGCGUCUACACGCUCAGGGCGGACAGCAUCAAUGAGAGGACCGCGUGGGUGCAGAGGAUCAAAGCGGCGUCGGAGCACUUCAUCGACACAGAGAAGAAGAAAAGAGAGAAGGCCUACCAAGCUCGCUCUCUCAAGUCCAGUGGUAUUGGUCGCUUGCUGGUGACGGUCCAGGAGGCCGCCGAGCUCAAGUCCUGCAAACCCAACGGUAAGAGUAACCCCUACUGUGAGCUGACGAUGGGGGCCCAGUGUUACACCUCCAAGUCCCUCAGUGACACGCUGAACCCCAAGUGGAACUUUAACUGCCAGUUCUUCAUCAAGGACCUGUACCAGGACGUGCUCUGCAUCACAGUCUUCGAGAGGGAUCAGUUCUCCCCUGACGAUUUCCUCGGCCGCACCGAGGUUCCCGUGGCGACCAUCAAGAAGGAGCAGGAGAUUAAGGGCCCGGCCAACCGAAGGCUGCUACUGCACGAGGUGCCCACUGGCGAGGUCUGGGUCCGCCUUGACCUCCAGCUGUAUGACCCCGGGACUACCACUCACAAGUGACGACGCUAAUAUUUCACACUGAUCCCGGAUCAGAAUGGCAUGCAUUCGGACUAGCUUUUGAGUCUCUCCAGGUGGCUUCAGUGCAGCAAGGUUAUAUUGUCACAAAAAGAGCCAUCGAUGUUUGGAACGGGAUAUUGUUGUUUUAUUUGUUUGCUAUUCGUGGGGCCUCUCAUAACUUAUGAACCCACUCCUGCAAGGAUGAAAGCCACUCCCACUAAAACAACCCCAACCAAUCAGGACAGAAGGGCUUGGAGCUGGACGCCCAAUCAGAGACUUUCUCGCCCAAUCAGACAACUUGUGUUUUGUUCCUAGAGCCCUGCUGACUCAGGUCCUGCUGGCAGAUGGAAAUCUGCUCCUAAUGUGCGACAGAAUCUGUUCCCGAGUCAGCUGAUUCUACUGAUAGCAUUCUUAUCAGCUUUGACACUAACCUCCAGCGGUGCUAAAGAGGCCCAGCGGUGAUGAAGUGCCUCACAUUACCACAGCGGCUCUGCCAGCUUUGUUUUACUCCCACCAGGCCACUGUUGCUUUCAAUUUCCUGUUUAGCUUUUAUGUGCGCGUCGCCAGCUUAGUAAAUUUCCUUGGGGAAGUUUUAUGUGACUUGCCAAAUGAAAAUAAGAAGAAAAUAGAUGCAGGCUGUUUUAACAUGGUUUAAGGGGCCAAAUUAUCCUAAUUUGAUAGGGCUUUUUAGAGCUAAUGUGAAUUUGCACAGAACAAAAAUAACAUUCUGUCAAUACGCUUUUUUAGCAUUGCUGGAGGACCUGAAUCACAAAACUAGAAUAACGAACAGAUGUAGCUUCAACGUUUAUCCAAUGUGAUGAAAAUAUAUCUUUUCAUUUUAUUUGCAUGUUUUAAAUACAUGAGGUUGCAUCCAUGCAUUUUCCUGUAACUCACACUCACAGCCUCCAAUAGGAUGGAUCACCUCGGCAACACAAGCUAAAUAAAUCCACCUUUCCAAAGUC